AUGACAUACUGUCAGACAUUCUUGGAAAAUUUAUCGAAAUUAUCCAAAUUUCGACUUCACACUGGAAAUGUGAAUGGCUACACGCAGCUGAAGCUUCGACGAUUCGAAAGCUCCGCUGAUGAACUAUCGGCGUGUCUUGACCUUCAAUUGCACUCGACACCAAUUACUACCGAGUUCAAAGAUGACACGUGCCUUCUUUUGUGCGAUAACGAUCACAUUGACAAUUAUGAGCGAGAUGAGAUUAAAAUCACAAUGAAGGUGUUCAUGUCGACUUGGGAGAUCAACCAGAUUCAAGAUGCCGUCAAAAGUUUAAAGGAGCAGCUGAAAACGCGAGACAUCGAGGUUUUGAUUGUCGCGUUUCCCGAAUUGGAGCUGAUUGAUGGCGAAAGUGAGGACGAUGAGCAUAAACGAUGGUUCGGCAAAGUUAGGCCAAUUUACGAGUUCCUUUGCGAGCUCGUCAGCACUGCUGAAAUCGCCUCGAUUGGCGUUUCAGAUUUUUCAGCCAGACAACUGAAACAGAUCGUUGAAGAAUUCGAUGUGAAGCCAAGCAUCAAUCAUGUCAGACUUGAUGGCUGCUGUCAAGUGCCACCAGAGCUUCAGGCUCUUGCUAAAGAGCACGACGUUCAGCUACUAGUCCACAAUGACCCUUCUCCGUUCCCAACUAAUAAUAUCUUCAAGACAUUCUGCGAGAUUGGAGGAUGCAACGCCGUGUGCAAUCCGUUGUUCGAGACCACAUGGGCUUCACGCUAUACGGUUUGGGUUCGAAAGAGGUCCAUAAUGACCUCAAAGGGAUAUAUUGUGCAAUUUAUCCGAAAGAGCAACUAG